UAUGGAAAUUCAUAGUUAAUAUAUAGUAUAAUAUAUUCAAAUAUUUUUUCAAUUAACUAUCAAAUUUGAACCAAAGUAUUUGUUUCAAGUAUAGUGAAAAAAAUGAGUUGAUUUAAAUUCAUCAGAUUCAAUCGAACUUAAUUUGAAUUUAUUUUAUUAUUGCCAGCAAUAUUUACAUUCUUCAACUUUGUACAGGGCAUGUAUAGGUCUUUCUCAAAGGACGCUCGGAUGAAGCCGUUUGGUUCAUCAGCAGUUAGACGUAAAAGUGCUGAUUAGGUGUAGAACAUGAAACCAAAUGGGAGGUCUGCAGCUGUUCUUGACUUGUCUUGUAUAUGUUUUCUCAAAAUCGUGUUGAUCACAGGUAUACAUUCUAUCAUCACGACAGAUGAUUACAACCAACAUAACAAGAGCUAUGCAGAUACAUAUCCCACAUUAUAUACAAACAGAUCAAUCUAUAGUAACAUAACGAAAGUAGCUGAAAGUGGAAAUGAAAGUGCAUCAUCAAUUGUUACAAGUAAUUUUAGUGAUUUAAUGACUGAACAUAAUAUCGUUGAUUUUAGAAUUAUGAUCAAUAAAAGUAUUAAAUUAAAUUUACAUGACAGAGCAAUUAGUGGAUAUGAAUUAUUUGAUAUUUCUAAGAAAUUAAGUGAAAAUAUGAAUAUUGUAAACAAUAGUGUGUUGACUGACUUGGCAGUUAACAAUAUUAAGCAACAAUCACUUUCUUUGGGAAUAAAACAAUCCCAUGUUAAAAGAAACUUACUUCUGCAUGACGAAGACCCAUGUCUGACAUUCACUGUUGGUGAUCCUGAUGCAAAAAUUUUAUAUAGUCCUGGAUAUCCAGGGCAUUACCCGAAGAAGGCAAAUUGCGUUGUUAUAUUAGAAGCGCCUCCAGGCCACUUGCUGAGACUAGAUUUUCGCGAUUAUUUUGAUAUUGAACCUUCUGAAGGGUGCAAGUUUGAUUUUCUUGAGAUACGAGAUGGCAUGUAUGGAUUUUCGAUGCAAAUUGGGCAAUACUGCGGCCAGGAAUUUCCGCCAAUGGUGACAUCAAGGGAUAGACAUCUAUGGUUACAUUUUCAGAGUGAUGAAAAUAUUGAAUACUCCGGAUUUAAAAUGGUUUACGAAUAUAUAUUACGCCCUACAACAUCGAUGCAACCAGAAAUGGAGACUUGUGUUCAGUAUCGAUCAGGAGAUGAAGGAUACCUAAAUCGAUCCGAUAUUCCUGAGGAUAAAGUUUCAAUGUCAAUUCAACACAACAUGCCGCUUGAGUGUUUAUGGAUAAUAAAAGUUCCAGAAAAUUGGAAGAUUCAACUACAAUUUCUCAAAUUUGAGUUGGUACGUCCAAACGACUGCGAUGUCAAUUUCGUAGAUAUUUAUCCUGAACGCACUGAUAUACCACACCAAUUGGCGAAAUACUGCGGUUCCCGUGCUGAUUCAGUUACAUCAGAUAAAAAUGUACUUAAUGUACGUUUUGUUGCGGAAGCAGCUGCUGCAAAAUCAAACUUUAUAGCGUUAUUCACGGCGUUUCGUGAUAAACCAGCGCAAGCUUCAUGUGAAGCGGACGAGUACGAUUGCGAGGAUGCCACAUGCAUUUCAUCCAAGCUUCGCUGCAACGGAAAAAUAAACUGCCGAUUCCGAUGGGAUGAAGACGAAUGUCCGAAAUCUGAUGAUGAAUCGGGGAUGAGUUCGAGACAUAUAAUUAUCAUCAUGGUAAUAUUUUCACUGAUCUUGUGUGGGAUGUGCAGUGUCUUUUUAUUUAAAUGCAUUCGAAAAUUAAUACAAGAUCAUAAAACAAUAAAGGAAAAUAUUCGAGAAUCUAGAGAAUUUAAGUUAGAUGAAUUGGAAAAUAAAUCUGCCAAAUUGUCCGAAAAUAUUUCACGAAAGCACAGCGCAAAAAGUUCGUUUACUCCCGAUCCGCACACGGUAACGAUGGAUGGUGCGAUAUUAGCAGGCUACGUUCCUACGGAAACUUUUGUGCCAAUACCUGUAAAUCCGUAUCCGCAAAUUGCUAAAAAUCGAUUCGAAGCUGGAACCGAUGACCAUGACGUAGAUGAUAUGGAGCUACCCGACACGUGUGAUAUAGCAUGUCAAACUCGUGAGAGUCUAUUCCGACCCUUGCAGCAUAUUGUUUCUGACAACGCAGAUAAUGAGUUACUGGCUUCAGUGUGUAAAGAUAAGCACAAGGAACAAAGAGAAGUACUGAAUCGAUAUACUGCUGAGGCAGUCAUAGAAAUGACAAAAAUGUCAGUUGGUACUUCUGCAAUAAACAAUGGUCUACAGCAGCAUUCCCACCGACCUGACACCCACCUUCGCGAAGCAACGCGGUCAGCACCAGAUGUCAUUAUUAUGGCAUCUUGCAAUAACAUGGCACUCCCACACUGACAAGACGAGACAGCGAUGAUCACCGAAUGGGAGCCAUACAGGCGUCGUCGCCCUCAGCGCUUUUUGCGCACAAGCAGAGACGCUUAUGCAGUUGGACCUCAAGGAUAUGCAUCGCUGUCAACUCCACUCAUAAAAGUUACUGAUAACAUAAUACAAAAAUCUUCUCAAUCUG